GACUUCGACAGGGCUCCGAAGACAACCACCGAAGACUUGUAACAAUGAUGAAGAUCGCUGUUCUCCUCGCCCUUGUGGCCGUAUCCUUUGCUGACAAGCUGCCCCUGACCAACCUCCCACCAGUAGCCAUCAUGAGGCAGACCCAGGUCAACCCAGAUGCCCUCGGUGCCCACAGCUCAGACUUCGAGGCCGAGAAUGGCAUCGUCUUCCAGUUCUCUGGAUCAGAGGGAGCCACUGGUGGUUCUAACAUGAUUGGUUCUUACAGCUACCCACAGGAAGACGGCUCCCUGGCUACAGUCUCCUUCGUGGCCAACGAGAACGGAUACCAGCCCCAGUCUGACCUCCUGCCAGUGGCCCCAGCCUUCCCCCACCCAAUCCCACAGUUCGUCCUCGACCAGAUCGAGUUCGCCAGGCUCGAGGACGAGCGUAAGGCUCGUGAAGGAAACAAGGCUUAAGUGAACAUCGAUCUUCAUGCUUUAUCGAAAGGAGUUCCUCGAGAACAGUACGAAUUUUUUCUCCGACUGAGUUACCACUUGAGUGUUUCGUGUGCCCUUGUUUUGUGCAACGAUGUAUUUAUUACCGACGACGAGAGAUGUGUAAAUAUACUAGUUUAAACAGUU